CAUGGACUCUCUUACAUUGACCUCGUACCUCAUCCUCUUUCGAUCUCUCGCAGGCUAAUACGUUAUAAAGUCUUUCCAAGGCGCAAUUGUAGAAAAUGAACAUAGCCAUAGCCGUUAGGUCAGCGAGAAAUUACCACCACCACCACCCUCUGAGCUUGUUCCCACGGCCUGCGAAACCGCCGUGCCUUGGCCAGAGAACCGCCGGAGCUGUCUCCUUCAGGACCUUGUCGACGCAGAGCAACAGACAGCAGGAGAGUAAAGACGACAGUACCAACAUCAACAUGGAUAAAAGGAAGGAAGGAGACGACAGCCCUGCAGAGAUGAAAACUGGGGACGCGAUGGCACAUUCGUUCGGGGAAGGGUACUCGACGAGGAGCGACGAGGAAGGGUUCGGGGGGAUAUACGGAGGCAACGACUCUUGCAAGGUCACGAAGGCCAGAGACAUCGACGAGGAUCACCCUGAGCACGACAAGUCGCAGGGAAGUGAAGUGAAAGAGAAGGAGAAGGCGCGGCAUCAGACCACAGUCGCCUCGUGAAUCUUUGCAAGCAGAAGAUGCAAACUUUCAGCUUUUUUUAGCUUUGCUAAUAAUGAAUUUGUGAUCAUGUUGACCCAGAUGUUAUUUCGUUGCUAAUAAUGCUCUAAGUGUGUGGUUGGUGAGAAUCUCUUCAGGGUCUCCUGACUCUGAUCGUUCUGGUAUAUCUGUAUCUACCUUUGCGUUGUGUUUUAAAGCAGCUUCUUAUUUAGAGGGUGCAUUGGGAGAUCAUGCGCUGCUAGCUCAUUGAUUUGUGAAGAAUUACCAAAGGGCAGGCACUCUUCCUGGAUGUAUGAUGGAGUCCGAUUCAAUGGAACGCCUCCGAGGACCCGGGGCAAGUGCACUGGGGGGGGGUCCUGGGCAAGACCUCGGGGGUUGGCGACAUGAGCCCAGGUAUCCGGUCCCCUUCGAGGGACCUGGGACACCCCGGUGCCGCGCCACCGCUGGGACCGGAACCCGGGUUGGGCCUCAACCAAACGUGCAAUUCCCUUGCUGCAAGCAAAUGCCUCUCGAUUCUCUGUCGGCGGCAAUGGAAAGUGGGGUUCUCAGUUGCUUUCACUUUU